AUGACGGCCCACACUCUCUUUGAAAAGUAUGCCUUGCUCAACCAGCAGUACACAGGAAAACGGCGCCAGCUGGGGCCGAAGGUGAAGUGCGUGCAGUGCGACGGCUGCGACCGUGUCAUUACGUUUGCCAUAUUUUACAGCGAGUACCGCGGCGGCGUGGAUGUGUGCAACAUGUGCCGUCUGGCGGCGGAACAGAGCGCGGACGGGCGCGUGACCUGCGCGGAUCGCCGGCGCCAUCUCUGCUUUGCCCAGCACCCGCUAUGCUUUGUCGGCCCCGCCCCCCUCCCCGAACGCUACGAGGUGGACCAGGACGAGAUCGAGGUAGAGCACGACCCCCGGUUGCUCGAGCGGCGAUUUGCGAAGUCCGUUGACGUCGUCGCGUGCCGCGCGGCGGGCCGGGCCAGCAAGAGCUCGCAUGCCGACGAAAAACACAAAGACAGCAGGAAGCGCGCCGACAGGGCGGGUGUGGGGGUAGAGGAAGAAAAUGGGCUGAGUGCCAAGAAGUCGCGGCGAAGCGGCGGGGCAAGGGCGUCGGCGACGCUGACAACCGAGGAGGAGGUUGUGGUGGUGGCGGAGGCCUCGGCAUCAUUGCCUUCAAUGCGGGAGGACCCCACCCCGGAGAUCACACUGCCACCGCAGCCACCGCCGCCGCCGCCGCAGCUGAAACCUGAGGCAGAGGCGUCGGCCCACGCCUCAGCCGUGCGUGUUUCUAAGGUGCCAAAG